AUGAACGCGCAGCUGGACGGCCUGUCGGUGGGCUCGUCCUCCACCGGCUCGCUGGGCUCGGCGGCCGGGGCGGGCGGCGGCGGGGGCGCGGGGCUGCGACUGCUGUCUGCCAACGUGCGCCAGCUGCACCAGGCGCUGACCGCGCUGCUGAGCGAGGCGGAGCGGGAGCAGUUCACGCACUGCCUGAACGCCUACCACGCGCGCCGCAACGUCUUCGACCUGGUGCGCACCCUGCGCGUGCUGCUGGACAGCCCGGUCAAGCGGCGCCUGCUGCCGAUGCUGCGGCUGGUCAUCCCGCGCUCCGACCAGCUGCUCUUCGACCAGUAUACGGCGGAGGGCCUCUACCUGCCCGCCACCACCCCCUACAGGCAACCCGUCUGGGGCGGCCCCGACGGCGCGGGGCCCGGGGAGGUGCGCCUGGUGAGCCUGCGGCGCGCCAAGGCCCACGAGGGCUUGGGCUUCAGCAUCCGCGGGGGCUCGGAGCAUGGCGUGGGCAUCUAUGUGUCGCUGGUGGAGCCGGGCUCUCUGGCCGAGAAGGAGGGGCUGAGAGUCGGGGACCAGAUUCUGCGUGUCAACGACAAAUCCCUGGCCCGAGUGACCCACGCUGAAGCUGUCAAGGCUCUCAAGGGCUCCAAGAAGCUGGUGCUGUCGGUGUACUCAGCGGGGCGCAUCCCCGGUGGCUACGUCACCAACCACAUCUACACCUGGGUGGACCCCCAGGGCCGCAGCAUCUCCCCACCUUCAGGCCUGCCCCAGCCCCAUGGCAGCGCCCUGCGGCAGCAUGAGGGUGACCGGAGGAGCACCCUGCCCCUCCUGCAAGGCGGGGAUGAGAAAAAGGUGAACCUGGUGCUGGGGGACGGCCGGUCCCUGGGCCUCACCAUCCGCGGGGGAGCGGAGUACGGCCUGGGCAUUUACGUCACCGGCGUGGACCCGGGCUCUGAAGCAGAGAGCAGCGGGCUCAAGGUUGGGGACCAGAUCCUGGAGGUGAAUGGGCGGAGCUUUCUCAACAUCCUGCACGAUGAGGCGGUCAGGCUGCUCAAGUCAUCCCAGCAUCUCAUCCUGACCGUGAAGGACGUCGGGAGGCUGCCCCACGCCCGCACCACCGUGGACGAGACCAAGUGGAUCGCCAGUUCCCGGAUCGGAGACGCUGCCGCCAACUGCGCGGGGUUUCCCGGGGAUCUCACAGCAGAAGGGACCAACAAGCUGGGGUUUUACAAGGGGCCAGCCGGCUCCCAGGUGACCCUGAGCAGCCUGGGGAACCAGACACGGGUGCUGCUGGAGGAGCAGGCGCGGCACCUGCUGACCGAGCAGGAGCGUGCCACCAUGGCCUACUACCUGGAGGAGUACCGCGGCGGCAACGUAUCGGUGGAAGCCCUAGUCAUGGCCCUGUUCGAGCUGCUCAACACCCACGCCAAGUUCUCGCUCCUCUCUGAGGUGAGAGGCACCAUCUCCCCCCAAGACCUGGACCGCUUCGACCAUCUGGUGCUGAGACGGGAGAUUGAGUCCAUGAAGGCGCGGCAGCCCCCGGGUCCUGCAGCCGGGGACACCUACUCCACGGUCUCCUACAGCGACACGGGCUCGUCCACAGGCAGCCACGGCACCUCCACCACCGUCAGCUCGGCCAGGGAGCGGCUGCUGUGGCUUAUAGACCUGAUGGAGAACACUCUGGACCUGGAGGAGACCGGGGAGGCCGUCCAGGGCAAUGUGAACACCCUCUCAGACGUUUCCCUGGAUGAUGUCAAGUCCACCUCCAAGGGGCUGCCUAGCUACAAGCCGCCGCCUCCCCCGCCCCCUCUGACCCAAGGCCACGACCACCUCCUCAUCCAGCCGAGGAAGCCAGACAGAGAGGACCGCCAGCCGCCUUCCUCCGCGUCUUCCCACUCGGGCAUCAUCUUCUCAGCUCCGCGGAACAGGAGCCCGCCCGCGGGUACCGCUCCUGUGCCGGAGGCCCCCACAGCACAGGACUCGCCCUCCUCCCCUGUCUACGCCUCCAUCUCCCCGGCCAACCCCGGCUCCAAGAGGCCGCUGGACACCCACCUGGCCCUGGUCAACCAGCACCCCAUCGGCCCCUUCCCGCGGGUCCAGUCACCCCCGCACCUGAAAAGCGCCCCCGCAGAGGCCACGUUGGCUGGCGGUGGCCUUUCCCCACCCUCCCCCUCCAGCCGCCCAGACCAGGCGGGCACGAACCAGCAUUUUGUCCUGGUGGAGGUGCACCGCCCGGACAGUGAGCCAGACGUGAAUGAAGUGAGGGCGCUGCCCCAAACACGCACCGCCUCCACGCUCUCCCAGCUCUCAGAUAGCGGGCAGACCCUGAGCGAGGACAGUGGCGUGGACGCCGGUGAGGCCGAGGCCAGCGCCCCCGGCCGAGGCAGACAGACGGCGCCCGCCAGGAGCAGGAGUGGCAAGGAGACACCUCGGAACGAGAGGCCCGCCGAGGGGGCCACCAAACCUCCCGGGCUCUUGGAGCCCACGUCCACCCUCAUCCGCGUGAAGAAAAGUGCGGCCACCCUGGGCAUUGCCAUCGAGGGUGGUGCCAACACCCGCCAGCCUCUGCCUAGGAUCGUCACAAUUCAGCGAGGCGGCUCAGCCCACAACUGCGGGCAGCUCAAGGUGGGACAUGUGAUCCUGGAAGUGAACGGGGUGACGCUUCGGGGCAAGGAGCACCGGGAGGCUGCGCGCAUCAUCGCGGAGGCCUUCAAGACCAAGGAGCGCGACUACAUCGACUUUCUGGUCACCGAGUUCAACGUGCUGCUCUAG